AUGAGGCAGCUGGGGACCAGGCGGGCGAGUCUCUCAGCCAGCCUGAAGAUAGGGGAUCACCAGGGCCGCCGCCGGACCCUGGAGGAGGAGGCAGUGCACAUCCCCUUCGCGCAGGACAGCCUGGUGAAACAAUGGAGCUCCAUGCAGAACGUGGCAGAGGGAAACGAGGAGAGCGAGGCUCCCAUCCAAAGGAACAAGUACCUGCUCAACAUCAACGUGGGUGGCAAGUCGUUCCAGAUAGCUUGCAAGGUACUGGCCCAGUACCCCAUCACGAGGCUGGGGAAGCUGGCCCUUUAUACGGACCCCGCCAAGAAGAUGCAGCUCUGCGAUGACUACUUGGUGCAGAAGAACGAGUACUUCUUUGACAGAGAUCCUUCGGUCUUCCACUACAUCUUCCACUUCUACCGCAGUGGGGUCCUGUGGGUGAUGGACGAGAUGUGCCCCAGUAACUUUGUGGAGGAAAUCGAGUACUGGGGGAUCCAUCUGAAAUACUCCCAGCGCUGCUGCCGGAUCCUGUUCGAGGAAAAGCAAGAUGAACUCAAUGAGUACCUGAAAAUAGAGAAGGAGCUGGAGGCAGAACUGGAGCCCCUGGACUCGGGGAAUCAGUUUGAUGGCAAAUUUCUGGGUGGGUUUCGGAAGAUGAUCUGGAACCUCAUUGAGAACCCGUACUCUUCCGUCCCAGCCAAGAUCAUUGCUGUCAUGUCGAGCUUCUUUGUGCUUAUCUCCAUUGUGGGCAUGACACUGAGCACAGUGGAGGAGAUGAAAAACAAAACAGGGAAGAUGUGGAUGGAGCAGAUGGAGAUGAUCUGUGCCAUCUUCUUCACCUCUGAAUACCUCAUGCGGCUCAUCUCCUCCUCCAGCUUCAAGAUCUUUCUGCGGGCAGCGUUUAAUGCCAUAGACCUGGUGGCCAUCCUGCCCUUCUACAUCCAGCUCCUCUUCGAAAACCUGGACGAAGCAGACACGCUUUACCACGAGGAGUUGCACAAGGUGGAGAAUGUGAGCAAGCUGGGCAAGGUCCUCAAGCUCGUCAAGCUCAUGAGGAUCUUCCGCAUCCUCAAGCUGGCGCGCCACUCCACCGGCCUCCGGGCCUUCAGCUUCACCAUGCGCCAGUGCUACCAGCAGGUUUGCUGCCUCCUCCUCUUCAUUGCCAUGGGUGUCUUCACCUUCUCCGCCCUCAUACACUCGGUGGAACACGAUGUCCCCGGCACGGACUUCACCAGUAUCCCCUGUGCGUGGUGGUGGGCAGCGGUCAGCCUCUCCACCGUGGGCUAUGGAGACACCGUGCCUGACACAAUACUCGGCAGGAUGGUGGCAUUUGUCUGCAUCUCCUUUGGCAUCAUCCUCAAUGGCAUGCCCAUCUCCAUCCUCUACAACAAGUUUUCUGACUACUAUGCCAAGCUGAAGGCUCAUGAGCUAAGCCAGUCACAGCAGCUCUCCAGGAGGGUCCACCUGAAGGAGCGAGUCCUGCGGAAGCUGUCGGAGUGCUGGAGAGCCGACCCCCGCUAUCGCCGCUGA